UUUCCUGAGACCUGUUAGUCUGUUUUUGUUAGAAUUGUAAGAUAAAACUGUCAGGAAUAGUUAACGAUAGUGACAGUAGUACCCUGUUGAACUUGUACAGUUCCACACGGAGAAUUUUCGAGUUUUGGUUUUGAUAUUGAGAAAUUGGUCGUUCGAGCUACAAGUGUUCUUCUCCUUCUUGGUGUUGGGUCUUUCAUCUGUUAUAAGCUAUAUAAUCAACUCAAACGACGACUAAAAAAAUCAUCGGGUAGUGAUGAUUUUUCGGAUGAUUCUGAGGAACUUGUAAAUGGGGAUGAAAAUUUUGAUCCUUGCUGUAUUAAGAGUAAAUACUUUGGUCCAAAGGAUUUUUUCUGUGAAGAGUCUGACAUUAGCGAAACAUCUCAUUCAUCAAAAGUAGACACAAACAGUGCACCUGGUGACCAGGACACUUCAUCAAAUGACCUUACAGAUGAAGAGAGCGUGAUGGGUAUCACAUCAAGUAACCAGUAUGAACCUGUUGCUUUUAACAAAACCUCUGGGGUCCAUUUUCAUAAAAUCCACCCAUUCCAAUCAACAUCUGAUGACCAAAGUAAUGCAUUUAGUGAGAGUAGUAAUGGUAUUUCACAUAGUCCUAAUUCUUCAAAAAUGCAUCCUAUUAAAACAAGAUAUAAGAAGAGAAAUUCAUUCAAAAAAAAAUCAUCAAUCGACCUGGAAGAGGAAGGUGGACAGUUCUUGUCUUCACAACAAAAAGAGGGAUCUUUAGAGUCUCCCAAAUCUUUCUUUCCUUUUGAGGAGAGUAUUGAAGGAAUCCAGCUUGGUGAAGAUGCUGAUGUUGACAAGAUCCUACCACUUACUCAUUCUUGGAGUGAUUCUAAUCCAGUUGAACAGGAUUGUGGUUCUUUGUUCCUUGAUAGCAGUUUUUGGUCUCAGGAUGCUGGCUCUUUGAAGGGAAAUUUUAGUCCCCAUUCUCUGAGAGAGAGAAACUUCAUGUUCGAAAAAAAAGGGAACUAUGGUAUAUCAGAGUACAUAAAUCAAGAAGAAAACUUGAGUGGAAGUGCUAGUAUGUUGGUAUCCAAUGCUCAAGGAGGACACUUAAGAAGGGAUUUCUCUGGAGAGAGUCUCAGCAGUUUCUCAGACAUAUUCAAAAGAAGUAGUUCUCAAUUGUCUGAUAGAUUUGGUAGAAGUAAUUCUCGGACUGAUAAACUGUGGCGAGAUAUAUCGAUAGAUAGUGAAUACUCCGAGUUCAGUUUGGAUGUACAGUCCAGUGCUGAUGACAUUGGGUUGUCUACUGUAGAAAAAUUAGAUAAACUACAGAGUCAACUUAAUGAACUUAAAGAAGCUGUAUUGGAGUUGGAUGCAGAUGUGGUAAGCAUGAAAGUAUAUCGCCAACCUCCACAGCAUAUUUGGGAAAUUACUAGUGUGCCACUCAACGAACUUGAACAGGUUUCCUGUGAGAGUGGAAAUAGUGGUGUGCUUGAUGUGAUUAAUUUGCACAAAGCCAAGAUUUGGUACAGAGGAUUGUUGAGAGAUGUAGAAUCCCCACAGACAUCAUUUAACAUUGAGACCCAGAAACCGCCACCUGAAGAUAAUCGUGAUUCUCAAAGAACUGACCUUGGUUCUGAUGCAUCACUGCCAAUAGAUCAACCUGUUGAUGACAUUCCAAACUUUCCAUUAUCAAGGUACAAAAGAUUAAUUUCUAAACUCUCCAAAGAAUUACCUUCAGGUAUUUCACAGUCUCUACAUCUUCCUUCAAAUUAUGAUGGGGUAUUUAUUGAUAGUGGGAGUGAUUUUGGUAACUCUUUGGACUCAGAUUCACCUUGUAAUGAUGAUAGGUUCAACAAAGGACCUCAGAGUUUAGAAUGGGACUCUUGCUGUCUCCCAGAAGUUGAAAAAAAUUCAACUGUUGAAACUUUUGAAACAGAUAAAAACUUUUCAGACAAAAUGGUCUUUUCGGAAAGAAGUAAAUUAAUCUUAGAAGGCCAGUUAAACAUAAACGAGAAUGAUAACAGGAGUUAUAAGAAGAAUAUUAGUAAAUCCGAAUCAUGUGAUGUAACUGAUAGUGCAAUUAAAAAAAAGACAAGGUCAAUGAGUACUCCGUCUGGGCUUUUAGCAAAACAAAUACAGCUAGCAAUUGCAUACAAAAGAUCACCUAAAUUUCAGAAAAAACUACUGAUUCGAAGUCAGACAUUUAAUUCUUACCUUGAAGAUAAAAGUAUCCAUUGUUCUGUUCCACAAGAGGUGGUUGGUGGUUAUAGUCUGGUUAGUCCACUCUCAAAUGAAAGCUCUUUCAUAUCUCAUGGUGCAUCAUCUUUCUUUAGCUCAGCUGAAAGUGGUUUCCAAGGGUCUGUUGAUAGGUUUUCUAGACAGAACACAUUGGAACUUGAAAUUACAGAUGAAUGUUGUGAUACCAGUAGUCAGGUUACUUUAAAUGAUCAGGUAGAAAAGCAAAAUUUUGAACCUGAAACUUAUUUGGAAGAUAAUGUAAUAAAACAGGAUAGGAAUGGAAAUUCAUUGCAGUCGUUGGUUUUGAAGAACGAACUUUCAAUACCAGUCCAGUGGAAUGAGAAAUGUGCCAUCUGGGAUUCUGCCUACUGUGAAGAAUCAACCAGUUUGGAAAUAGUUCAGUGUGUUGGAAAAGUAACGAGUAUUGAGGAAUUGGUCUGUAAGAUGCAAGAAAGGAAAGCCGUAUCGCAUCUUGAUGUCUUGACAAAGGGUUAUGCCCAAAUAAUUUCUUCCUAUGGGUGGAAAAAGCUACGAAUGAUCAAAAGAGAUGAAUACUGUGCUCUACGAGCAUCCUUAUUCCAAGUUUUAUCUCGGGGUCUUCCAGUCCUUCAACGUUAUGGGGGUGCAUCUACUGUGUAUCAGGUUAUAAAAGUGGUUCCUUGCUUAUAUUUAGAUUGUAUUGUAAGUCUGAAGGUGGUUCCUUGCUUAUAUUUAGAUUGUAUAAUAAGUCUGAGAGGUAGUUCCUUUCUUAUAUUUUUCCAGGAGAAGGAAGUAGCCAGCACCACUGCUGAUGUGGAGGAUUUCCUGGUAGCCAAACUAAACAACAAUCCUACUCUAGAUACCCACUUAAUGGAAGCUGUGAAACUUCUGAUGUUGGUUUCGGCUAUAGAACUGUACCCCAGAUACCAGUCCCAGGAAAACCUUCCAGUAUUCAUUUGGUUACUGUUUGCUAGGGCAACCUCGAGAACUCCGAAGGACCUGAUGUUAAACCAUUUAAAUGUCCUUAAGGAAACUAAACAUAUAAAAGAGGUGGAGCUGUACUUGUUAGGCUACAGUCUUUUUGUCACCUUAAAAGUGUUCCAGUUGCUGCAUUAUGGUAGUAAUAACUUUGUUACUCACUAUCCUGAAUGGAAUAUUGGCACUUGGCCAGAGAUUCUGCUUAUAGCUGAAAAUGAUUUACAUUAUAACACAAUAGUUAGGUGAUCUUUUCUGCAACAUUUUGUUUUACCCACAAAACUGAUUAAACUUGUAUUUCAGACUGAUUUAACUGUAAUUUUUUAAGUAGUGUUCAGCAUUUCAUUUCAUCUCAAAUGGUAACAAAUUGGCAAAGUAAGCUUGAUGUAUUGUGUCUUGCAUCGUAUAAUGGUGGUAUUCCCUGCAUUAUUUAUGUGAAAGGUAAUAUACUGCCUAUACUAAUUACGCUCUUCAUCUCAUAAAUGUCACAAACUUUUUUUUUAUCAGUGAGACCAUCAGAAAAGUCUUAAUACCAGAUUUUCAUAGUUCUUCAGUUAUAACUGGCCCCAAUAUAUAUAUAUAUAUAUAUAUAUAUACACAUACAUACAUACACAAGGAUUGAAGUUUUUAAUUGAAGGUUUUACAGUGACAAAUUCAAGAAAAAGGUGGUUUAUAGGGAAAGUUUAAAACUUACAAUUUUGCUAAUGGGAGAUGAAGUAUUCAAGUUUGGACAUCACUGAAAUAUAUUAUGAUUAAAAAAAUAGAACUCUUGUAAAUAGUAGUAGUUCAUUGUAUUUAUGUAAAUAUUGGUUCUGGUUUUCUUUCUCCUACAGUAAGUUACUUAAUUAAAGCAUAAUUUAUUAGUUGUACUGAAAGUGCUUUUAUAAUGAAAAUAACAAUUGUGAUAGGACAAAACAAAAGUUGAUGUACUGUAGUGUCCAGAAGUGCUUGCAGGAGUUUACAUAUAGUAACAAAAACAAGUACCAAUCAUUGCAAUAUGUAAAAUUAGCAAUAACACAACCACAUACAAGAGUAAAAAUACAAAUAACAUAAUACAAGAAUUCAGGUAACAUCCACUUACAAGAGUAACAAUACAAAUAACAUAAUACAAGAAGUCAGGUAACAACCACAUACAAGAGUAAAAAUACAAAUAACAUAAUACAAGAAGUCGGGUAACAACCACAUACGAGAGUAACAAUACAAAUAACAUAAUACAAGAAGUUGGGUAACAACCACAUACAAGAGUAAAAAUACAAAUAACAUAAUACAAGAGUAAUAAUACAAAUAACAUAAUACAAGAAGUCGGGUACAACCACUUACAAGAGUAAUAAUACGAAUAACAUAAUACAAGAAGUCGGGUACAACCACUUACAAGAGUAACAAUACACACAACAUAAUACAGGAAGUUGGGUAACAACCACUUACAAGAGUAACAAUACAAAUAACAUAAUACAGGAAGUUGGGUAACAACCACUUACAAGAGUAACAAUACAAAUAACAUAAUACAGGAAGUCGGGUAACAACCACUUACAAGAGUAACAAUACACACAACAUAAUAACAAGAAGUCAGGUAUAGAGUGAGGAAACAAAUAAUAAGCAUAUGUCAAUUAGAUAGAAACAGUAGACUAUUUAAUACAAAAACAGCUUAGCUGUUGUCAUUCGUAGUUUUUUUUUUUUUGAGUCCUGGAAUGCUAGAUGGAUGUUUUUUUUAUUGAACCAACCAAAUUAAAUAUAAUACAGGGAGCCAAGAUAUUUAUCACUUUAGUUUAUUUGAAGCUUAAUUGUUCAGUGUAGUUGUGGAAUUAUCAAACACUAUAAACACAUAACUAUACACUUUCUUGGAUGUUCCAUUGUUAAGGUAGAAUGUGCUAAAAUGAAGAGAAAGGUAUGUUUCAACUUUAUUGAUAUAUCAACCUUUUUUUUAAAUGUGUGUUGAUUUCAUUAAGACUGUGGAUAUGUAUUUAUGAUACUUACACUUCAAAAUAAGAAGUCUUCACAGAACCAAGACUUUUAAAUUUAUGUUCUACAAAUAAUAUAUCUGGUCAUUUAUUUUUUAAAUUGUAUGUUACUGUGAUAGACUCUGUUUAUUUUACAAUUCUUUAGAUUUCGAAGCACAGCCUUUUCUAUCAUGCUGGCUGUUGCAUGACAUUAUGCUUUCAAGGUUUAAAAAAACAAACUAGAUUAGGCUGUUUCUACUGUCUCUGAGAAUUACAUUUAAAUGUCUUAAAAACAAAUAAAUAGGAUGUGCUGCUAGAAUGUAACAAAUUUUGUAUUUUAAUUUUUAGCUUAAGAUAAUUGUGAUAUUUAUGAAAACUUUAUUGCCGAUACAUUUUUACUACAAGUACAUACACAUAGGUUUAUUUGACAAAACUGCUUCAGAACAAUGAUUCAUUGGAAGCUACUGUUUCUAAUGAGGUAAGGAAAUUUAUGUUAAGAAAAGUUGAUUACUCUGUCAGAUACAUGAAUGAAAACAUUUGAGUAAUAAAAAUAUUUACGCACAUAUAAAUAAAUUAAUUCUCAGUAUUGGUGGUUUAGAAUAAACAAGUGACUGAAUAUAUUAAAGUAUGGCUUUUUAAGCACGUAAUUUAAAUCAUAGUUAACUUUUGAUAUUAGUAUAUAGUUGUAGUUAAGAAAUACAUGUUUUUUUUAAAUCAAGUUCCAGAUACUUUAGUUAGACAUACAUAUGAUCACUACAACACAAGGGGGUAUUUAAGGGUAGUUUUUUUUAUUGAUAACCUUAACAGGUAAACCGUUAGAUAUUUAACACAUCCAUCAAGAACGAAUGAGUUUUUAAUUGACUUUUUUCAAUAUAUAAAUUGAACAGGUUGUAUAUAUUAUAAGACCUUAGGCUUACCUAACUACUCUUUGAAAUAAAGUAAACCAAAUAUAUUUAUAAAAAAUGCAUAAUUAAAAAGUAUAUUACUGAAAUGAUGAUUACUGUGAAAGUUGACUGCUGUUUCUCUGUCUUUCACAAAUUCAUAUUUAACAUGGUAAAAAAAGUCACGUUAAAGAUGUUUCCCUGAUAGUUAAUGUGUGAAGAAAAGAUGGCUGAGUUUAUAAACUGGUUUAAAUACACAAAUUUUAGUGUGUAAGGAUGAAACACUUGGAUACCAAAGAUUGUUGAAGCAGGUUUUAACUUGGUAUUUUGCAUGUAGAUAAUGCAUAUAUAUUUAGAGAAAUGUAUGUAGUUUGAAAAAUAAUAAUUAAGUAGUGGAGACUCUUUUAGAGAAGUGCCUUUGUCCUUUGUGUGGAAUGAAAUAAAUGUAUAAUGUAUGUA